ACUCACUCACAUCCUGUUUACGCCACUGUGCCAUCACAAAGUAGGAUUGAUUUGAGGUCCGUGAAAGAGAAAUCAAGCUGAAAUGCACUCCUGUAAUUCAUGACCGCGGCUACACUGCACAGUAACGAAUAUUGUCUGAUUUAGCUGCAGCUGGAGCCAUGACGUGCCGGGACAUCCAUGCCACUAACGCCUUCUCCUUUAUCAUUGCCUUUGUGUCUGUGGGGGGCAUCGUAGUAGCAGCUCUCAUCCCACAGUGGAGAGUGACCCGGCUCGUCACCUUUAAUCGAAAUGCAAAGAAUAUCAGCGUGUACGAUGGGCUCUGGGCAAAAUGUGUCAAACAGGAUGGAUACUCAGGAUGCUAUUACUAUGAUUCAGAGUGGUACUCCAAAGUGGACCAGCUGGACUUGCGUCUCUUACAGUUCUGCCUGCCCACCGGCCUGCUGUUGGGGUCCCUGGCUUUACUGCUUUGUAUGACGGGAAUGUGCAAGACCUGCUGCUGCUCCGACAAACCAGAGCCGGACCUCAAGACCACACGGUUCUUAGUAAACAGCGCAGGUUGUCAUCUUGUUGCUGCCAUGUUUUUAUUUCUGGGUGGAGCUAUCGCCAUGGCACCAUCAGUAUGGUUCCUAUUCCGUACUAAACAAAUGAACGCUAGAUAUGACAACAUAUUCUCAGAUGGUUUUGCUGUGUACGUUGCUAUUGGCUGCUCUGGCGGACUCAUGCUUUCCUCGCUGCUUAUGCUAAUGUGGUAUUGUAUGUGUAAGAAGUUGCCGUCGCCAUUUUGGUUACCUCUGCCUACGAUGCCUAACUCUGUGUCCACUCAGCCCCUCACUGCGAAUGGGUUCCCGCCUUCUCCUGUCUAUGGUCCGCAGCCGUUCCCUCCCCAAACCUACCCUCCUACAGUAAUUGACACCCAGUCUUAUGUACCCGCUCAAAGCUAUGCCCAAAGCGUUGCCCCUGCCCCCGCUCAAGUCUACAUGCCCCAAAUGUCAGUCCCAGAUGGGUACGGGUCCGAAGUGGGCGGGGCGCAAGCAUAUAGCUAUGCCCCUUCUCAAAGUUAUGCCCCAUCACAAAGUUACGCUCCCUCACAAUCCUAUGCUCCAUCUCAGGGCUACGCCUCAAGCUACGCAGGGCACCGCUACUCCACCCGCUCUCGGAUGUCUGCUAUAGAAAUUGACAUACCAGUUUUGACACAGUGAAAAAAAGUCUGCGUGUUAUGAGAAAACUAUGUGAUAUUUGAUGAUAGUUUUUUGUAUUGAGAUAUCUUAAUAUUCUUUUGAGCACAAUAAGCUCAGUUAAAUUAAAACAAAAAUAUACAUUAAAUUAAAGUUAAACUGUGUCAAAACAAAACCUUAACAGAACUUAAACUUGACUAAACCAAGACCAAUGUGGAACAUAUUUAGGUCAAUUAUGAGUAAAAUCUGCCUUUUUGUCCAUUUUAUUUUAAAGGGCCUAUAUUAUGCUGUUUUCCUCAUCAUAAACAGACCUGGAGUUGUGUUUUAUUCACAUUUUUGACACACAAAUUCUGCAUAUUUAGGCUGAUUUUUUUCUCUAAAACAGAAAACACUCUGUUCCAUCUUGUGAUGUGGUAAUACAGGAAGUACUCCACUGUGUUUUUACACAUACACCUUCGCUAGAAUCAUCUGGAUGAUUUCAGACCUGGAAUUGCCAAUCUCUACAGAACAAGAGGUAAAAGGUAGCUGUAAUCUUGAAAACUACCGCUACUACUGCGAGCAUUUUGAGCUUUGGAGAUGUAGAGAGGCUAAUAAUAAGGUGUCAUUAAUAAGGGGUGUGAAUGAAACAAAACUACUCCAGGUAUGUUUUUGAUGAGUUUUUGAUGGCAUUUUAACGUGGAAAAAAAAGCUCAAAAGUGAAUUUUGUUUAAUAUUAGGACUUUUUUUUUAAAUUCUGUAGCAGGAGAACUUUGUUAUUGCAGUAUUUUUAUUUUCUUGUGAUGUUGAUACUUUGCGAUAUAUUUUGCAGUCCUAGUGAAACGGAACAAAAAAAAAAUUGUCAGGCUUUGUUCAAGUGCCAACUAAGUUACACUAUUAUUGCCAUGUGGUGGCGCUAGUAGCUGAAUUGUCUUUUAACGUGGCUGUUUUCCAGUAUUUUAUCUUAUCUGCCUAACACUGAUUUUUAAAAUGUAAUUGAGGUACUGUACCUAGGAUCACUGUUUUAAUAGACUGAAGCACUGAAACACUAAAUAUAGCAAUAGUUAUGUAAAUCACUUUUUUCUUAUAAUGGGACCAUUGUUACUAGAAGUACACAUUGUAAUUCCUGCCUUCUUCAUUUACCUUUAGUAAUUAAUUUUAUACAUGUUACAUUUCAUGAUUUACGCUUAAUGAACGUGGCCUAAUAUGACUACUCAAAAUACACUGUCUAUUUUAAAUGUGUCAAAAUAUGUUGUUUUUUUACUAAAUGUAAUGCUUAUUGCUGUCUUACUUGCUAGUCUCCUUUCUUAGUCUUACUCAAAUAUGGUGACACUUUUUUAAACGUUUACAUUUUGAAAUAGCUGUUGAUGUCUAUAGAUAUAUUUGUGUGUAACGUAGAAGUAAAUGAAGAAAUUGUUUUUGUAUUGUGCGUUUAAAACCAUGUAGUAGUACACUAAGUGGCUCUUAUGCAUUUACACUUGCAUCUUAAUGUUGCCUUGUAAUAAUUUUGACCAAUGAUCAAUUUUACAGGUCAAUGAAGGUAUUAUGUGUUAUGUUUUUGUUUAAAUAAAAACAUGUGUCCACUGUAAA